GCCAGUGUUGUGUGUGUACAGUCAUGACAGCAGUGUACAUGUACAUUUAUCAUUUGGGUUCAUUUUCCUUCCAACAUGAUGUGUACGUACCUUUGACAUGUAUCAUGUAUGAAAGAUCAGUUAAAAAGCUACAAACUUAUAUGACACCAUGGCAACCACUGAACCACGCAGUACACCUGUAAACGCGAACCCCGAUGUGUCCAUGUCUUCGUGCUGCGAUGACAUGGAUGUCGGCUACGACGCCAAACCACAACAGAGCUUCCCGUUUCCGUUCACCCCUUACCCCAUACAAGAGGACUUCAUGAAGGGACUGUAUUCAACCAUCGAGGAAGGCAAGAUUGGGAUAUUUGAAAGCCCAACUGGAACUGGCAAGUCCCUCAGCCUAAUUUGUGGUGCUCUGAAGUGGCUGAAUGACCACCAAGACAAACAGCGGCUGGAAGUGGAGGCUAUACUUAAAGGGGAAACAGAAACAACAGGAAAUUCCAGCUCGGGCAAGAGCGAUGCACCCAAGCCAUCAUCUAGCACCGAGCCCGACUGGGUACUGGAGUUUGACAACAAACGGGCUCAGAUGGAAAAGGCUAACUUGCUUAGGGAGGAACAGCAGCAGUUGUUGAAGAGAGAGUCUAAGCUACAGCAGAUGAGACAAGACCUGAAACACAAGGGCAUGGUCAAACGCAAGCGACUUGCUCCAACAGAUGAUUUUGACCCGCCCUGUCCCUCAGACGAGAACGAAAACAUCCUCAAACCACCAGACUCUGACGAGGAGAGCAUCCUUGUGGCCGAUUACCAUAGCGACGAGGAGACGAGAUUGUCAGGCGACUCGGAUGAGGAGGAAGAGGGAGAGCCUCACGUUACCAAGAUAUUCUACUGCAGCCGUACCCAUUCCCAGCUGAGUCAGUUUGUGCAUGAGGUUCAGAAGAGCCCUUACGGCGAAACAACCAAAGUGGUGACUCUAGGAUCUAGACAGAACUUGUGCAUCAACGAAGCUGUGAAGAAACUAAAGUCAUUGAGUCUGAUCAACGAUCGAUGCUUAGAAAUGCAAAAGAAGAAGAAAGAGAAAAGUAGAGACAAAGAUGUUGACCUGGGCAAGUCCAAGAGAAAGAAGGGCGCCACCUCAGGCUGCCCAUUCUACGCGGCAAAUCAGAUGGACGCCUUCAAGGACAGGGCGGUGGUGGAAGUGCUCGAUGUAGAGCAGCUACUGACCGUCGGGAGAGAGCUGAAGGCUUGCCCGUACUACGGCACGCGGUACGCCGUCCCAGGGGCCGAGCUUGUUGUUCUGCCGUAUAAUACGCUUCUCCAUGCAUCCACUCGCAAGGCCUGCGGCAUCCGCUUAGACGGAAACAUUGUCAUCAUAGACGAAGCACACAAUCUUAUAGAAACCAUCUCCAAUGUUUACAGUGUGGAGGUAACCGGAGGCCAGCUUUGUCGUGCACACUCACAGCUCAGUCAGUACAUGACAAAAUACAGGAGUCGUCUAAAGGCAAAGAACCUGAUGUACAUCAAGCAGAUCCUUCAGGUUCUAUCUGGCUGGAUCCGGUGCCUCGGAGGCAAAGCCGACUGCCCGCCUGACACUCAGAAGACAGGCCCAGAGACCAGCAAGCUGUUUACAAUCAACGACUUCCUGUUUGCUACACAGAUUGACAACAUCAAUCUCUUCAAGCUACAGAGAUAUUGUGAAGUGAGCAAGAUCUCCAGAAAGCUGAAUGGUUUUGUUGAGCGUUACCAACCUUCAGUGAAGAUAGCAGAGGCUAACUCCACCCCACAACAGUCUGCCAUGACUAGAUUCCUGCAAGAACUCAGCCAGAAACCCAAAGACAAGCCAGCAGCGCCCUCUACAGAAACAAACGAGAGAAGAGAAGAUGAAUGGCAGACCUUCUCGUCUCCGCUCCUGCACAUUGAGGGAUUUCUGCUGUCGCUCACCAAUGCUGACAAGGAUGGACGUGUAGUCAUUCAUAAACAAGAAAUUCUCAGCAAGUCCAGCAUCAAGUUCCUCUUGCUCAACCCUGCCGUGCAUUUCACCGAGGUGCUGCAGAAGGCCAGGGCAGUGAUCGUCGCUGGCGGCACCAUGCAGCCAGUGGAUGAGUUCAAGCAGCAGUUGCUGUACUGCGGGGGUGUCGAUGAAGGCAAAAUCGUGGAGUUCUCGUGUGGUCAUGUGAUCCCACCUGAGCAGCUGCUGCCCAUAGCGUUGGCCAAAGGCCCCUCCGGUAUCGAGCUGGAUUUCACCUACCAGUCACGUGACCUGCCGAAAAUGAUGGAUGAGGUGGGGCGUGUUCUUGCCAACGUCUCCAACGUCGUUCCUGGCGGUGUCGUCUGCUUCCUGCCAUCCUACGACUACGAGAAGCGUCUGUAUAACCACUGGGAAGGCACCGGUCUGAUCAAGCGCAUUGAAUUGCGCAAGCGCGUCUUCAGGGAACCACGCAAGGCCGGCCAGGCUGACUUUGUGCUCGGACAGUACGCAAGCUUCAUCGAGAGAUGCAGCUCAGGGGGUAUCCCUGGAUCCAUGAAUGGAGCCAUCUUGAUGUGUGUGGUAGGAGCCAAGAUGAGCGAGGGGAUCAACUUCUCUGAUGACCUCGGCAGGUGCGUCAUAAUGGUCGGGCUUCCCUAUGCCAAUAUCAAGUCUCCUGAACUCAAGGAGAAGAUGGACUACCUCAACGCUACUAUGCCUCCGAUUGACGGCAAGUCAGCUGGGCAGCAGCACUAUGACAACACCUGCAUGAAAGCCGUCAAUCAAUCCAUCGGGAGGGCGAUCCGCCACAAGGGAGACUACGCCACAAUCCUCUUGCUAGACCAGCGGUACGCCCGGCCGUCGGUGCAGGGCAAGUUGCCGGGAUGGAUCAGGAAUCGCAUGCAGAUCAUGCCCAGAUUCGGCCCAGCCUUUGCCAUGAUGAGCAAGUUCUUUGUAAAUAAGCGGCCAGGCGCAACUCCAACUUCUGAGAGCCACCCGAGUCCAGUAUAGUACAAGUGAUGCCCAGCACGUCCCAAAAUAUCGUUGUCCUUUUUGUCACGUGCCUUAAAAAUAAUUGCUCGAAAACUUAUUUAAUAAAGUUUUGCUGAAGAAUUUUAUACACAUUUUUCAAUGAAAACUGUCAGUUUUGAAUUUAUUGUGUUGUUUUGUAGUUAACUGUCUUCCCUUGUGUAACAUCCUUAGCUCUAAAGGGGCUUUACUUUGUAUCUCGUUGAAAUAACAUUUACCUGGCUUAUCUAUGAACAGCAUUAAAGAAUUGAAUUUAAAGAAUUGCUCUUGGGGAUACAGAGUGUCUAAAAAAAAAUCUGAACCAUCAAAUCCCCCUCUUUUUCACAGCUUUUAAAAAAAUACAUUGCAGAUAUCAAUACACAUUUAGAGAGUAUAUGUCAUCAGCUUUUCAACAACGAAAAAUGCUUUCCAAUUGGGUAAAUAUUUAUUGAGUUAUGACCAACGAUGGUCAGCUGACCA